AUGGCAGAACAGAUGCCAGGAGCGGCGUUCGUCAGCUUUGAGCGCGAGAAGAUGACAGCCGAAGUUUACAAGCACUUCAAGGAGAAGCAGCGAAACACAUUCACUUGCUGUGGUUUGACGCCCUUCACCAGCAGUGACUCUUUUGAUUUGGUACGAUCAGGCGCCGUGGUCACCUAUGCGCCUUAUCCGUAUGACAUCAACUGGCUCAACAUUGGAAUCGACACAAAGCUUGUCAGCUUACGCAAACUGUGCCUUUCAAUGCUGCUGUUUAUGAUUUUCUUUUUCCUAUCAACGCCUUCAAUACUGCUAAAGUAUUUGGAGUUUGUGGCCAGCAAGGAGAAAAUUGAUCGGGGAAUUGGUCGUUUUGGCUCCACGCUCACCGACUUUAUUAGCCCCUUCAUGUUGAUGAUGUGCGCCACCAUUCUGCCGUCCAUCGUCACCUAUGCCUGUCAAAUGAUUCCCUACAAGACCAUUUCAGCGUUGAACCACGCAGUGAUGGCAAAAGUUUUUGCUUUCCUGCUCAUGAUGAUUCUCAUUCUGCCUUCGGCCGGAUUUUUCAGCAUCAACGCCAUGCUGGAUGAUAUCCUGAGCCCAAAUAGUGCAAACCGAAAGUUUCGUUGGAACUGUCUAUUUCCCGUCGACAAUGGUUGGUAG